AUGCGGCGCUUCGAAACCCUCAAUCCAGAAACCAAAGAUCUGGUACAAUGUCUUCUUCCUGCUCUGGCUACAUCCUUUCGAGUCGCCUCCGCCGUGGACAUUAUUCCCCAGGAUAUUCGCAUGCGUGCGUGGGACUGUGAGCGCCGCGACCACAUCAAGGAAGAAACGGAGAAUGACCCCCGCAACUGGGGCGUCCAGUUCCUCAAAGACCUCAUGGCCAUUUCGCGGCUCAAGAACGGUGACCUCGCAACGUUCCAAGCGGAUCUACGCGCAAAAGUCGCUUUGCAUGAACCCAAGCAUCCCUGGUGCCGCUUGGCUGAUAUCCGCGAGAUCAAGGAUGAGUACGAGCAUCCGGAGCGCAAGAACCAGGUCGAAGUUGAAGAAUCGUCCGAGAGCUCAUCCACCGAUUCGUACUUUGAGGAGUUGGUCGAGCCCGACCGCCCCAGAGGCACAAAGCGUCGUAAUGGGGCUCACGAGGUCUACGAGGCCCGCGUAAUGGAGAAGCGUCGGAAGCAUAAACCUGGCCGCCUCCGUCGAGCUGAGACAGGCGGUUUCCAGCGCCACGACCCAUGCACGAAGAAACGCGAUCGUGCAACCAGCACACCCAACAGCACCCGCACAGCUGCCCACCGCACCAAUCGGGUUAUUCUCUCUGAUGAUGAAGACGAAAAAGAAGGCUCCGUCAAGUCGUUUCGCGCCCGAUCUCUGCUUCCGCACCCCACCCCGGCUUUCUCUGUGUCUCCCGGUCCUCAGGCGGAUUCCGUUCUCGACCUUCAAGCCGUCGACGUAUCCAACGAGCCACUUGCAGUGCAGAAACUGCAGGCCGAGUUGGAAGUUGCCGAGGCGGAGCUCAAGGCUGCAAGAUUGAAGUAUCAGUACAUCCAGGCCAAAGAGCAGGCCAAAGAGCAGGCUGAGAGGGAGGCCGGCGGUGCUCACGACGGUGCUCACGACGGUGCUCACAUGUUUGGUUAG